UUGAAAUGUGUGGCAAUUAGUAACUUUUAUGAAAUAGAAAUAUAUCUGUGUCCUUGUUAUGCUCCGUCUUUUCGACAGCAGGUAUUUUUUGCUUCCAGGAUGGCGAUCCUGUUACUGUCAUUUGGUCAUCAAUUGCCUUGGUGGUAACACGUCUUCCACGACUGUUUGCUGGUUACCGGUGACACUUUCUCGUUGAAUAGGGCUGGAGUUACUUUGGGACUGGAAUAGUGUUCUUUCCGGUCCGUUAACUCGAUAAUUCUAGUACAGUCUGUCGUAACCUCAAAUCGUAAACACAUCAAACUUUCGUUGACAGUUCCUACAUUUGAUAGCGAAAAUUACUAGCGUCGCGCUAUCUUUGUUUAACACAUAGGUUAGGUUCCUCUCUGUCGAAUUCCGACCACAGGCAGUUUGCCGUACUUUCUAAAAGUAAUAGUAGAUCUAGUGACUUUAUUUUGUCGCAUUUUGGGGCGCCAUCUGACCGCCAAUAUUAACUCACUGGUACGCAUAAGGAUACGGGGUUGCCGGUCUUUUAAAUACAUAGUCACUGAUAUAGAGCUGAAAUGUCACUACUGUUUCCAUGACAACCGCGAUUACCACAAACUUCAAUAUUUUUCAAACGCGCGAAGAUGCCUCUAUUUGGUAGCAAGUUUUCGCCAAAAAAAGCCCCCGUGAGGAAGAAUUCGGGAAAUAUAGCCACUGAAGAACUAGAAGACUUAGUUCUGGGGCAAAGAAGCAUACAACUACGUUUAGGAAAUCAAGAACUGGUCUUCGACAACGGUGACUGGAUUCCAGAGAACGGGGAAAGUGGAACAGCGCACAAAUCAAACCAAAAACUAAGAAAGAAAAUCCAGGAACUCCAAGAGGAAAAUAAUAUGUUGCGGCUGAAGUACACAGUGAUGCUCAACAUGCUAACCCAAAGUACUGCUGAAAGCCACCUUCAAGAGAAAGAACUGGAAAAGUUAAGAAAUCGGAAAUGAAAAUGGCUGCUCACAGGUAACUUGAUUACUAGAUUAUUGACGCCAUCUUAAUUAGUUAUAAAAAUAAACAUGUAUUUAGAUCUUAACGUUACAAAGAAAAUAUUUUUUCUAAUUUG